CACUGCCGCUGGAGGGCCUUAUUCAGAGCCUCCGACCCGCUCCUAAACUCAGGGUUUUUAGAGAAAACUUCCGUUGCUCUGUCGCGACGCACUGGGCCGACUUUCCCGUUUGGAAAUGGCCCGAUGCAGAAGAAUGAAACGUGUUCUCUGAGCCGUUCCUCCUCCCCUUCCCCCGCCCCACCGCGUCGGAAGGCGGGGCCCGGGAAGGCGUGGGCUCUGCGUACGCGCAGCGCGGCCCACGUGGAACCGGCGCAGGGACGACCGUGAGUGGGGGUCUGCGCUGGGGUCUGAGAUCCGGAGGGGCCGCUGGUGGGGAUCGAGCCUGGGACUGGGCCGGGUGCGCGCGAGGUCUCCCAGGCUACCCGUCCCUGGGGCCGCCCCCGCCCGUACCGGCGUGUUUUCCUGCGUCCCGGCCUCGGCUCACGCUCCGCUCUCUGCCUGGAGUUGAGCGUCUGUCGGGUACGAGAAAUAGGUAAAGCCCCACCCUGGCCCUUCUGUACUCCGCGGUUUAGAGGUGGAGGCGGACCAGAAAAUGACUCCAGUCGAGUGUGUUAAGUAGUGAAGUAAGUAGGCACUCGAUAGAGAGGCGGCAGACCACAGGAAGAGAGUAACUCGGGGGUCGGCUACCAGAUCCAGAAACUCGGAGUCCUCCCUGAGUCCUUCUUCUGCUUUACCCCGAGUUCAUCACUGAGUCGGGCGGAUUGCACCUCUUAACUGUUUCAAGUAGCAUGCAUUUCCGUCCAUCCCCUCUGCGGCGACUCUAGCUAAGGCCACCGUCAUUUACCAGGACUACUCUGGAGCCUCUUUGCUGCUGAAUCCCCAAAGAUCUUUCUGUGACGCCUUUCCAGCCACGCCACUCCUCUGCUUUGAACGUUACAACCGCUUCCCACUGUAGGGUUUGCAAGUGUAUUCACCGUCUGGUCCUUCCUCGCCUUUCCCGCUCUCUCCGCUCUCUCUAGCAUCUCUGCCCCGGCGACACUGACAUCAUUUCCUUUAAUGCAGUUCCCUGGGAUACUCUUCCGAAUAGGUACUCCCUUUGGUGUCACAUGUGGGUUAAAAGGGUCACUUCCUCCGGGAGGCCCUUCCUGACCCCCUCAACUGAAUCAGGCCUCUGCUUAGGAUCCUGUAGGUCCCUGACCUUAAUGUGCAUCACAUCUUAUAUUUUACUUGUGGGUAAGUCUCCCACAUAGAUUCUAAGCCCAAUGAGUUCAGUGGCUGUUUUUGCUUUAAUUCAUCAUCUUUCUGGCUUGGUGCAUUGUGGAUAACCCACAAAUACUUGUUCAAGUAAGAAAGGUGGUGGUAGGGCUGAGGGUGGGAAUAGUUCCCCAGGCAGAGGGAAUGUGCGUAAAGCCAUGGAGGGGAGGAACUGGUGACCUCAUUAAACAGUAUGUGGUUCCAUGAUGGGGUGUAAGGAGGUAGGCUGAUGGUGACAUGGGGGCCCUUGGAUGUCACUCCAGUGAGUGUGCACUUGACCUCAUGGGCAGCAGCGGCCUCCAAAGGCACCUCAGCAAGGCCUUCCCAAUUUUCUCCUCCAAAGCGGUUACUUGUUCCACUUCGGUUUGGAUUAUGUCCCAUGAGACUCUACUUAUCUGAACCACUUGGCUCUUGUCUCCCUCGCCUAGAUUCUGAAGACAGGAGGAGCUGAUGCCCAGAGCAGCACGUGACUGGUCUUCAGAAUGGCCGCAGCCCCCCAGGCACCAGGGAGGGGCUCUGUGCGGAAGACCAGACCUUUACCUGUGAAGACAUCAUUGAACAACCCAUAUUCCAUCCGCUGGGGUGCCCUGGACAGGGAGGAUAUGCACUUCAUACUACAGACCCUGGAAGACAGGAUUAAAUCUCUCGGGCUUCAGAAGACUGAGGACAGGAAGAGAAAGAGAAAGCAGCCCGCUUUGAAAACACAAAGCGGAGACACGUGCAGCAUGGAUGUGGACACUGGUGAGGGUCUGAAGGAGGAAAAGCCAGAAGGUGAGCCCCAGGCAUCAGGGUGGACCCCUGCCGACGUCAGAAAGCAGCUUGCCAUCGGCAUCAAUGAGGUCACCAGAGCCUUGGAGAGGAACGAGCUGCUCUUGGUCUUGGCGUGCAAGUCGGCCAAGCCGGCCAUCGUCACCGCGCACCUGGUGCCACUGAGCGCCAGCAGAGGUGUCCCUGCCUGCCAGGUGCCCCGGCUCAGCGAGAGGCUCGCACCCGCCAUGGGCUUGACGUGCGUCCUGGCCUUGGGGUUCAAAAGAAACACCGCUGCGUUUGCGGAGGAAGUGAGGGCCAUCAUCCCCAGAGUCCCCCGUCUGGACGUGCCGUGGCUCCGAGACACACUUGAAGACCCCGGGGAGAACCCAGAGAUGGAGUCUUUGGAAAGCCAAGACAAAGAGAUUUUGGACACUUCCUUCGAAGACCUCCCUAAAUCCAAGAGAAAGCUUGCUGAGGGUCAGCAGGCUGCAGUGUUACAACCCCUGAAAAUAAAGAAACUGAUUCCAAACCCCAAUAAGAUAAGGAAGCCACCCAAAAGUAAAAAAACGGCUUCAAAGUAACCUUGUAUAAAUCUGUCACUUCAUACAGUUGUAAAACGCCACCUCGUAGAGAAGCCGCGAAUAAAAUGACUUUUACAUAUAUUCUUGGGACACUGUUUAGUAUCAUUCCUUUCACAUGUGUAAGAUUCUCUUGACUGGAGAACACAGAUAGGCUGAAGCUUAGGGACACUAAGUGCAGAGAAUGUUCAGCAGUAUGAGUAUCAAAACAAAAGUUUAUUGAAACUAAUGUCCAUGCUUGUAUAAAUUCCCUUUUUAAAAGGCUGGCACGAUGCUUGUGAGCAAGGACAUCUGUAUCCUGCAACACUGGACAUCUUUCUGUCCGAACUUGGCAAAUAGGCCACACAGACACGGUUCUAGUUGGCGGGGGAGAUGAAGCUGGAUGGCAGGUGCACCAUCAGUUGUAAAGGAAAGAUGGUAAAUGCCAAGCAAUACACUGUCCUCAGAAACAAUACAUUAUUAUUUUUUACUGUCAGUUUGCCUUUCUUUGUAGGCAGGCCUAAGCGUGGGCUUGGGAGAAAGGCUAAACAUCUAUCAAAAUUGCCAGAUAAGGUAUUCUGACUAGGUAAGAAUUCACUCCUUUACACGGUUAACUUACCUCCUUGGGACUUUAGCAUGUACCCAAAGUAUGAUGGUAAUUAGGUGAAAUAAAGCAGGAAGAGAAUAAAAAAAUAAGUGGAGGAGCUUGGAUGCUCAGAGGUGGGUCUGCCAUGACAGGGGUCGCUCGUGUUAGUAUAUGAACAGGAUCGGUGCUCUGUGUUAAAGCAUCCGCUGUUUCCAGCAUGUGUUUGGAAAAGGUGCUUUCUGUAAUUUACGGGAAAGGUACUGGCUUGCCAAGGUUUAUUUUCAGCCUAAAUUCUGGUUGAUCUGUGGAUUAUGCCACCUCCGUUUAAAUUUACUGAAUGCCAUCUUGACCAAAAAAUGGUGGGGUGUGUGGGCAAGGGUGCGUCAUGGACCAGAGCAUUUCCAUUACUGACAAAGGACACGGGGCGGUGUGGGUUUGUGAAUCUGUAAGACACUGUGUAUUGCACUGAAAUUUAGUUCUAACGGCCACUUUAUAAACACAAGCAGCUGUACUGAUUUUCUACUUUAAAAUGCUCAUUGGUAACGUGCGUAAAUUAUAAAGAGGCGUUAUAAAGCGGCAAAUGUGCUAAUAAUUUAUAAAUUACUGUAUUUAAAAAUUACUGAGUAAAAGAACAUGAACUCUAUUAACUGCAAUUAUGUAAGUGAAUGGAGGAACAAUGCCACAGUUUUGUCAUGGGGUGAGCCCGUGACACAAUUUCUGAGGGACAAUCCUGCAAUUAUUCGAAAACCUACUUCAUGUUAAGAUUGCCAUAAAAAUGAGUGGAACGUAAUUCCCAACUGGAGCCUCGACUCUGGAUUAUGUUAAAAAUCUUGUUUACUUAAUUCUGGUGUUUCAGUGAAUUGGUUCACUUUUGCUUCUGCAGGCAUCCUCCUCACGUUAG